GGUAAUACACUUUUUCAUAUGACGGCGAAGUAGAAGCAGAUGCACCACCGAGACACCCUACCUUCUCUAAGAGUACUGAGAAAUGGCGGCGUCCGUGUGCCGAGUCGGGAGCACUGUGGGUAAGACCCUCGCCAAAGCCCGCAGUCCCCUCCUGCUGUCUCUGAGGCGUGGACAGGCCUCAAUCAGCUAUGCCCAGAGCCUGGUGGGAGCCCCUGAAACUCGCCUCACUACCCUGGAAAAUGGUUUGAGGGUGGCAUCUGAGGAGACUGGACAUGCAACAUGCACUGUUGGACUGUGGAUCAAUGCUGGCAGUCGCUAUGAGAGUGAGAAGAACAAUGGAGCAGGCUUCUUCUUGGAGCACAUGGCUUUCAAGGGAACCAAGAACCACCCUCAGACAGCUCUGGAGCAGCAGGUGGAGUCUAUGGGAGCCCACCUGAGCGCCUAUACCUCCCGGGAGCACACGGCAUACUACAUGAAGACCCUUGCAAAAGACCUGCCCAAAGCCGUGGAGCUGCUGGCAGAGGUGGUGCAGAGCUGCUCGCUGAACGAGGCAGAGAUCGAGCAGCAGAGGGGCGUCGUGCUGCGUGAGCUAGAGGAAGUCGAGGGUAACCUGCAGGAGGUUUGCCUCGACCUGCUGCAUGCCACAGCCUAUCAGGGCACUCCUCUCGGACAGAGCGUGCUGGGACCCUCCAACACUGCCAGGACUCUGACCCGCCAGGACCUAGUGGACUACAUCAACAGCCACUACAAAGCCCCUCGCAUGGUGCUGUCUGCUGCUGGUGGUGUGAACCACGAGGAGCUGGUCGGUUUGGCAGAAUCUCACCUCAGCGGAGUGUCUUUUCAAUAUGAGGGCGAUGCCGUCCCCGUGCUGUCACCCUGCAGAUUUACAGGCAGUGAGAUCUGUAUGCGUGAUGAUGGUUUGCCUCUGGCACACAUUGCGUUUGCUGUGGAGGGUGCCGGUUCUACCAGCCCGGACAUCGUGCCACUCAUGGUGGCCAACUCCAUCAUCGGCAGCUUUGACCUCACCUAUGGUGGUGGAAAGAAUCUGAGCAGCCGCCUGGCACGCCUGGCAGUGGAGGAAGACCUGUGUCACAGUUUCCAGGCCUUCCACUCUUCCUACAGCAACACUGGCCUGCUGGGAAUUUACUUUGUGUGUGAUAAGCACAAAAUCGAAGAUAUGAUGCACUGGUCCCAAAAUGCCUGGAUGAACCUGUGCACCACAGUGACGGAGAGUGAUGUAGCCAGAGGCAAGAACGCUCUGAAGGCCAGCCUGGCUGGACAGCUCAAUGGAACAACACCGAUUUGUGAUGACAUCGGCAGACACAUCCUGAACUAUGGGCGCCGUAUUCCUCUGGCAGAGUGGGACGCUCGGAUCGAUGCCGUCACCCCCAAGAUAGUGCGUGACGUCUGCUCCAAAUACAUCUACGAUAAGUGUCCUGCUGUGUCAGCUGUCGGCCCCGUCGAGCAGCUACCCGACUACAACAGAGUCCGCAGUGCCAUGUACUGGCUGAGGUUUUAAGAUGCAUUAUUGUGUUGCUCCGUGUGUCCCACGUUUGCUCAUCAUCAUCUACACCUCAACCUCAACCCGAGCAGACUUUAAUAGUAAAUAAUCAUCUACUGGACACAGCCUGAAUACAUCCAGUUUGGAGCAAGAGUAUAUUUAUAAUUUCUGUAAGAUUUGUUUCUGUCCUCUAUUGUACAUAACAGAAGCUCUCAUUCUGACAAAAUAAAAAUACUGUAAAACAA